GGGCGCCAGGUGAGGCGCUGGAGCGGCGGCGCUUCCUCCUUCGCUCCCCGCCCCUUCUUCUCCUCCCACCUGGGCCUCUGCGAGGAGCGCGCACCUGGCAACCGGCGGCCGAGCCCCGCGGCGUGCCCGCCUUCUCCGCUCGGGCCGGGUGCCCCGAGCCGCCCGGGCCCUGGCGCUCGCCCCCCGCCCCCCGCCCCCCGCCGCUCCGCCGGCGCCGCGCUCGCUGGGGGCGGCCUCGAGCGCUCGCUCGUUGAUGCCGUUUUGGGGGUGACCCGGCGCGGCGGCGGCGGCGGCGGCGGCGGCGCCUGCCUGCUGGGGGCGUGUGAGCGGCCGCGGCUCUGCCGACGUCGGGGCGCGGCUGCCGGGUGGCGGGUGCGGAGCAGCAGCUCGGGUUUCGGGGCGCUGGCGGAGGCCGCCGCGGCCGCGCGGGGCAUGUUGGAGCUGAGGCACCGCGGAGGCUGCCCGGGCCCCGGGGGAGCGGGGCCGCCGCCCCCCCGCGAGGGAGAGGCGGCCGGCGGCGACCACGAAACCGAGAGCACCAGCGACAAAGAAACAGAUAUUGAUGACAGAUAUGGAGAUUUGGAUUCCAGAACAGAUUCUGAUAUUCCAGAAAUUCCACCAUCUUCAGAUAGAACCCCUGAGAUCCUCAAGAAAGCUCUGUCUGGUUUAUCUUCAAGGUGGAAAAACUGGUGGAUUCGUGGAAUUCUUACUCUAACUAUGAUUUCGUUGUUUUUCCUGAUCAUCUACAUGGGAUCCUUUAUGCUGAUGCUUCUUGUUCUAGGCAUCCAAGUGAAAUGCUUCCAUGAAAUUAUCACUAUAGGUUAUAGAGUCUAUCGCUCUUAUGACCUGCCAUGGUUUAGAACAUUAAGCUGGUACUUUCUACUGUGUGUAAACUACUUUUUCUAUGGAGAGACUGUAGCCGAUUAUUUUGCUACAUUUGUUCAAAGAGAAGAGCAACUCCAAUUCCUCAUUCGCUACCAUAGAUUUAUAUCAUUUGCCCUCUAUCUGGCAGGUUUCUGCAUGUUUGUGCUGAGCUUGGUGAAGAAACAUUAUCGUCUACAGUUUUAUAUGUUCGCAUGGACUCAUGUCACUUUACUGAUAACAGUUACUCAGUCACAUCUUGUCAUCCAAAAUCUGUUUGAAGGCAUGAUAUGGUUCCUUGUUCCAAUAUCAAGUGUUAUUUGCAAUGACAUAACUGCUUACCUUUUUGGAUUUUUUUUUGGGAGGACUCCAUUAAUUAAGCUGUCUCCUAAAAAGACUUGGGAAGGAUUCAUUGGCGGUUUCUUUUCCACAGUCAUAUUUGGAUUUGUUGCUGCCUACAUGUUAUCCAAAUAUCAAUACUUUGUCUGCCCAGUGGAAUACCGAAGUGAUGUAAACUCCUUUGUUACAGAAUGUGAACCCUCAGAACUUUUCCAGCUUCAGAGUUAUUCACUUCCUCCCUUUUUAAAGGCAGUGUUGAGACGGGAAACAGUGAGCUUGUAUCCUUUCCAGAUACAUAGCAUUGCUCUUUCAACAUUUGCAUCUUUGAUUGGUCCUUUUGGAGGCUUCUUUGCCAGUGGAUUCAAAAGAGCUUUCAAAAUCAAGGAUUUUGCAAACACCAUUCCUGGACAUGGCGGGAUAAUGGACAGAUUUGAUUGUCAGUAUUUGAUGGCGACUUUUGUGCAUGUGUACAUCACAAGUUUUAUAAGGGGUCCAAAUCCCAGCAAAGUGCUACAGCAGCUGUUGGUGCUUCAACCAGAACAGCAGUUGAAUAUUUAUAAAACCCUGAAGACUCAUCUGAUUGAGAAAGGAAUCCUACAGCCCACCUUGAAGGUAUAGCUGGAUCCAGAAAGGGGAGGACUGACAAUAAGGAAUUCUACAGAAAAGCACUGGCAGAUAGAAUUUUGUGAUUGUACAGAAAACUGGUUGAAAAUGCAAUAGAUUGAAGUUUUACAGACACAAAUGUUCCUUCUCGAAAUUACUGUGAAUAUUUAGCACUUACUUGAUCUAAGUUAUGAAAUAAGUAGCAAAUUAUCAGCAGAAGAUCCUGUACUUUUUCUAAAGUGUAUUUUCUGAUGUUAACUUCCUUCCCGUGACUUGGUAGGUUUCAUAAUGUAAAAAGACUUGUAUUUUAAAGAGUCAAACAGAAAAAGAGUAAAUUGAGGAUGUCUUAA